AUGGCUGAUCAACCAUCCGACGCAAUCCUGGAGUGGAUCGGAAAGGGAAAGACAUAUGAGGAUGUUCCUGCGAUCAUCUCCAAUGAGCUGCUCUGGCGGUCUCUUGGACUCCUGCGGUACACUCAUCUGAAUCUCCCAGCUGCAGCCUUCUUGAUAUUCGUGCCAUCUAGCUGCGUUCGUGAAGUGAACGAAGGGGCCAUUCUCAAACUCACCCUGAAGUUUUUCGACGAGGUUUAUGUCAAAUUGUUGCCACAGAGGGCACAGAUUGCUGCAGCAGUCACUCGGCUGCUUUUUGCCCUAGUUCACCUUCCACCACCACCUUCACCAACGUCGUCCACAGCGGACGACUCAGCGCACAACACGACCACCACGGCGACCCCCGAGCCCACCGCCUCCUCGGCCGCGGCCCCCGACCCCUCGAACACCGCCCCGACCCCCAACACCGCUCCCAGCACCACCAACUCUUCCCUUCCGCCACUCGCCCAGAAGACCUUUCUCUCAGCGAAACAGGCAGCUAUGGACGGCUGGAGCAAGAUCUCGUCGAGUUUGAACAACAUCAACUUCGCCCAGGCGGGCACCAAGCUCAGCAAGGGUUUCAGCUCGGGCGUGCAGGCGACUCGUGAGCGCCUUGGGCAGGUCGCGCCAGACGAGAUUACAGAGCUUCCUCAGGAGUACAAAGACCUCGAAGCUCGCGUCGAUGCCCUACGCGCUGCGCACAUCUCCAUCCUUAAGAUAACCAAAGUCUACGAGUCCGAAACCUACGAUUACCCCGUGCAAAUCCAAGAGUCCCUCUCUGAGCUAUCGUCCUCGAUCGGGUACAACAUCACCAACUUUGCUGCAUCCAACCUCAAAGGAACCAACCUUCCUGUGCCCACUACACCCACCUCUCCGCCGGUGUCGCAGCACAAGACCCUCCCGCACGCCCUCGCCCGUGCCGCGCACGCUGCAGCGUCCACCGUCGCUGCUACCCCGACUGACGGAGGCGAAGAUAAGCUGGGGAGGGCCCUGGGCCUGUAUGCGAGCGGAUGGGAGAAGGUCGCAGAGGCAAGGCUGGAUCAGGACGCGGCGAUUCAGGACAACUUCUUGCACCCCUGGCAGACGACGCUGAAUGCGAGCAUUGCGGUCGCGAUGAAGGCGCGCCAGGCGGUCAAGGUUAGUCGGUUGGAGUUGGAUGCGGCGAAACAGUCGUUGAAGAGCGCCAGUGCUGCUAAACAAGAGCAUGCUCGUCUUGAGGUCGAGAACGCCGAGGACGACCUCGUGCAGAAGACCGAAGUCGCCAUCACGCUCAUGAAGACUGUCCUAGAGAACCCCGAACCUAUCAAGAACCUCAACGAGCUCGUCAAGUCACAGCUGGUCUACUUCAGCGCUGCCGCCGAGGCACUCUCCACCGUCCAGGGCGAGAUCGAGGAACUCAGUGUCGCUGCCGAGGGCGAGUACAGCAGCCAACGAGCGGGGAAGCUUGUUUCCUCGGUAGAAUCACAUUCCUGGAGCGUAGAGGAUAAAAAGGUGAGCAAGAAUUCAACUCCGCGACUGUCGAUCAUUAACGCCCUCGCCAAAAACAACCAGAAGAAAAUGCUUCGCUUACUUUUGCUCGUCUCCGCCGCUCUCGUCGCUCAGGCCGUGGCCCAGUGCAGCUACACGACGCUGCAACAGGCAACCACCGACUACGUUGCCUCGCGGGCCGCCGGUCAGAUUACCGCCCUCAGUUCGGCCACCUACACGGAGAACUUCAGGACUGCAGACAUCAGGAACAGCGUGUUCUCCCGGCCGCUCAGGAUCGACCACAACCGCAGCAUCCACGACACAACAGCGUGUGCGACCUACACCGAGCUCAUCAUUACCGAUAGCGCACACCCGUAUGUGAUCGGCACGCAGAUACACUUCACCGAGGCCGGCCAGGCGUCCAGGGUCGACUCGAUCGUCACCGACCAGGGCGACUGGCUGUUCAACGCGACGGGCACACUGUAUUGGGCGCAGCAGGAGAACUGGGGCACGAUCCCCGAGGAGAGGCGGGACACCCGUGCGACGAUCCAGGCGGCAGCGGACGCGUAUCUCGACUUGUUCAACAAUCCCAGUGUCGUCGUGCCAUGGGGUACGCCAUGUGCGCGCCUCGAGGGUGGAGCGUAUACUGGGAGGGGGUUGCCAACCGACACGUGCAACGUUGGAGUACCGAGCGGCGUCCAGCUUGUGAACCGCCGCUAUGUUAUCGACGAGACGGUUGGCGCAGUCGACGUGUUUUUGAACUUCGGUGGCGCGAAUGGAAUUCCCGACAGCCACGAGUUCCGCAUUCAAGAAGGAAAACUCCGCUAUGUCCACACCAUGACGGUUAUGCAGUGA